GGCAUAAAUCCCCCCUAGGGAACUAAGGAAUACCUCAGGUUGAGCAGAAAUCACCUCUGUGUUAAGCUCCCCUCUUGCAGCCGAUAAGCAUGGCAUUUGAUGGCACCUGGAAGGUGGAGAAGAGUGAAAACUAUGAGAAGUUCAUGGAGGCGAUGGGUAUUAAUUUAGUAAAGAGAAAGCUAGGGGCCCAUGACAACCUGAAGAUCAUUAUUCAACAAGACGGAAACAAAUUCACCAUCAAAGAAUCCAGCAAUUUUCGAACAAUAGAGAUAGUAUUCAACCUGAAAGAGAAUUUUGACUACAGCUUGGCUGACGGAACUGAACUCCAUGGCAACUGGGACAUAAAAGACAGCCAGCUUGUAGGCACAUUCAACCGGAAAGAUAACGGGAAGGAACUUAAGGCACUGAGAGAAAUCGUAGGAGAUGAAAUGAUUCAGACUUACGUCUAUGAAGGAGUUACAGCGAAGAGAAUCUUCAAGAGAGGUUGAACAACAGCCUAGGAUUGAAAUUUGAAAUAAAACUGUACUUUAUUUAUGGCAACUGUAAUUUCCCCACCAAGCACAAGAGUAAUGGAGUUCUGAUAUGCUUGCCAACAUACUAUAACUGAAAUGCAACUAAUGUAUGUUUAUCUAUAAUACCCAUGUCUGUUUAGAUAAAUGGUAUUGCUAAGACUGAUUUAUCUACCUUUUAUAAAUAGUGAUGAUGGUGUUGGUGGAAAUAAACAUUACUUCUACUCUGCUUUUUGGAAGCCGCAUUUGUCUUUCAUUAUUGCACGUGAAUGUUGUUUUCUAUUAUUAUUUUUAAAAAACCAAUUAGAUCACUCUAUUUACAUAAUGCAAGCAAUAUGAGGGCACAACCCAGCAUUUAAGUCCGUUUACUUGAUCUGUCCACCCCUUUCCCUUGAUGAACAGAUUUGCAAGUAAUAUUAAUAUUACCAGUUUAAAAGAUUUUAAAAUAGUUUUAUUACUAAAAGAGUUGAAAAUAUCAGCACCUAUGUGUCUGGAUAGGCUUGCCUAAGCAAAAAAAAUGUUUUAACCAGGCACCGAAAAGAAGACAGCAAAGGCAGCCGCCACACUAAAAUAUCAAUUUCUUACAAAUAAUAUUGCCGAUCAGUACUGUACUUGGAUUUUCCUAUAGACAACUCUCACUUCUGCCCCUGAAGGAAAGAAUGAAAAAAAAGUCUAUUGAAACACGAAAAUAACGUUUUCCGACUCUUCUUCUUUCUUUGACUAUCUCUAUGUCAUCUAUGACGCAAUCACACACGAGGCAAUGAGAUAGAAAACUGACAGAGUCGCGCCUCAGAGUGGGCGAAAAGCAUAGAAAGACUUCUCGAGGUGAGGCUCCGGCUCCAAGGGGCCGGAUUUCCGUGUUACGCCGGAAGUAUCUGUCCGGGUGCGUGCGUGUCUCUCUCUACUUUUCCGCCGUUGAUUCUCUACGGGCACAAGCGGCGGACGUGCGCCGGGCGUCGUCUUGCCGGCUGGACCUUCUUCCUGCGUGGGCGAGCCGCGUCCUCCCUCCUCCCUUGCUGCCUCGCUUGCUCACUUUCCGGCGCAGGGGCGAUGGAGGUGGCGGACGGAGCGGAGCUGCGAGAGCGGCACCUGGCGGAGCGGGACCUGGGGCUGGCGGGGGCCGUAGGGGACGCGUCCCGCGGGCCGCCCCUCUCGGGGACGUCCUACUGGCUGGACUUGUGGCUCAUGGCCGCCUUUAACCUGGCGCUCUUCGUCUUCGUCUACUUGCUGCCGUGACGCAGGACAACCUGAUUCCAUGGUAGAAAAGCUAUUGUUGCCAUUCCUCCAGCAGCAUGUCUGUUCGGAACAAAGAAACGCUUGGGAAACUGUUACAGACUGUUACCUCGAGAAGUGAUGCCUGCGACAACUGCAUUUGAACUGUUGGCACUCUUUGAGCCUGCCAGAUGUGUGGUUUGACCUUCUACUUUUCAACAUGAAAUGGAUGGAAGUUGUGCCUUAUGACAAAUGUUACGCUGCUGUUGAUGCACUUAAAGAUUUUCCACUAUAUUAAAAUGGUUCAUUUUA